UAAUGCGGGUGGGAGAAGUAGGCUGCGUAAUUCAGAGAGCCGUCAUCACAUCUGCAGGCUGAAGCGGCUCGGAGCAGAAAUUACAGAAAAAUGGUGUUGUUCACGAUGAUCGCGCGGCUGGCGGAUGGACUGCCUCUGGCUGCGUCAAUGCAAGAAGACGAACAGGCAAGUGAGAAGAUGGGUCGGGACAUGCAGCAGUAUCAGAGCCAAGCCAAACAGCUGUUUCGGAAGCUUAAUGAACAAAGUCCAACACGCUGCACGCUGGAGGCCGGAUCUAUGACCUUUCAUUACCUGAUCGAGAAGGGGGUGUGUUACCUGGUGCUCUGUGAGGCCGCGUUCUCUAAGAAACUCGCCUUCGCUUACUUAGAAGAUCUCCAAGCCGAGUUCCACGAGCAGUACGGCAAGAAAGUUCCCACCGUGUCCAGGCCGUACUCCUUCAUCGAGUUUGACACGUACAUCCAGAAAACGAAGAAGUCUUAUAUCGACAGCAGAGCUCGCAGGAACCUGGGCAGCAUUAACACAGAGCUGCAGGACGUCCAGAGGAUCAUGGUGGCCAACAUCGAGGAGGUGCUGCAGCGUGGAGAAGCUUUAUCAGCUUUGGACUCGAAGGCCAGCAACCUUUCGAGUUUGUCCAAGAAAUACCGCAGCGACGCCAAAUACCUGAACACGCGCUCCACCUACGCCAAGCUGGCGGCCGGCGGCGUCUUCUUCAUCAUGCUCAUCGUAUACGUCCGUUUCUGGUGGCUGUGAGGACGUGGAGGAGGGAGGAGACGUGAUGGAGGCUCGAUACGAGCCGCCGUCGCUCUCCGUUUCCUCAGAGACUGAUGGUUCCGGCACUUUCUGUCCCCGGGCAGGUCGCAGGCUGAGCUACGAUUCUCCGAUUGUUCAUGUGUUGUAUGUUUUAUUAACCGACGCGGAAGGAUGUGCGAAUGACCGAGUGUGUGAGGGUGUGUGUGUAAGAGAGAGAGGGAGAGGGAGAGUGUGUGUGUGUGUGUAUAUAUAUUUAGUGUGUUUGUGAAGAUGGUGACGGUGAAAGCUUUUCCUCCAGGAAUCCGCCCAUAAAGAGCGCCACCAAGUGGACAAUUUGCCUCAUCUUACACUUCAUCUGAGAGAACCAGAGAUACUCACUCACUUCCUGACUAGCUUACACACACACAUACACUUGGUCGUUCGUGUUUUGAUGGAUGGAUUGAUUUUUUUUGUUCCCAAGGUUUACAGGCCGUGUGUUUAGGCAGUGAAACACACCGCUGUGAGAAGCACCACAGCAGGGAAAAGCAAAAAAAAUAAAAAUGGAAAAAAGACUCUGGUGUACUUUAGCCUUUGAUUUGACAAUAAAGCGGUUCGGUAUCUGA